AUGGGAUCCGGACCCGAGGGUACGGAGUACGGAGCAGAGGGUAGCUUCCGCGCGACUCUGGGCUUGCCCUGGGGCUCACUGAACCUUGGCGUGCAUGGCGUGAAAGAUCCCGACCUGGCUCUGGCGGGAGCAAAACAGCGCUCUGUGCCAAACCUGUUCAAUGCCGAGGAUAAGACGCAGAUUCUGGAGGUGUCGACAUCGGCGGCCCAGGCCGCUGGAUGCAGCGAUCCUGCGGAGAUUUUCGCCUUCUUCACAGAGCAAUGCCGCAAGAACCUGCACCUCGUUCUUGCGCUGUCGCCUAUUGGUGAGGCAUUCCGUCGACGUGUGCGGAUGUUCCCAGCCAUCGUCAACUGCUGCACGAUCGAUUGGUUCAUGGAGUGGCCAGAGGAAGCGCUCCGUGGGGUGGCCACCCAUUUCUUGCAGAAGGUGGACCUGGCGAAGGACGUUUUCACUGGAGUGGUGGAGAUUUGUGUGCGCAUGCAAGAGUCCGUCUUCGAGCUCACGGACCGCUUCCGCCGCGAGGUGCAGCGGCACUACUAUGUCACGCCCACAUCAUACCUGGAGCUCAUCAAUUCCUUCAAGGGCGUCUUGGCGAGCAAGCGAGAUGACGUCUCUGGUGCGAAGCGGCGCUACGAUGAUGGCCUCGAGAAGGUGAUCUCCACUGAAGAGCAGGUGAAGACGAUGUCCAUCCAGCUGGAAGAGCUUCGACCUGUGCUCAAGCAGACGUCUGCAGAGACAGCAGAUCUCAUGACCGUAAUCGAGCACAAGCAGGAAGAGGCCUCAGCAACACAGGCGGUGGUGGCGAAGGAAGAAGAAGCUGCAUCGCAACAGGCAGAAGCCUCCCGCACCAUGAAGGAGGAAUGCCAGGCUGACUUGGACAAGGCACUGCCAGCCUUGAAUGCGGCUUUGGACGCGCUGAAGAGCCUCAAGAAAGGUGACAUCGUGGAGGUGAAAAAUAUGAAGUCUCCACCAGAAGGCGUCAUUACGGUGUCGAAGGCGCUGUGCUGGAUGUUCGAUGUGAAGCCAAAGAAAGUCACUGCGGAGGAUGGCCGCACCAAGAUCGAUGAUUACUGGGAGCCGUCCAAGAAGAGCCUUUGGGGUGACUCAAAGAUGUUGGACCGGCUGUUGGGCUAUGACAAGGAUCACAUACCGGUGGAGGUCAUCGAAAAGUUGAAGCCCCUGGAGGAUGACCCCGAGUUUGAUCCGGAGGUCAUCAAGAAGGCAUCCACUGCGGCCAUGGGUAUCUGCAAAUGGGUCCGUGCCAUGAUUGUGUACGACGGUGUGGCGAAAGUCGUAGGGCCUAAGAAGGAGGCCCUGGCACAGGCAGAAUCCGAGCUGGCCAAGGUCAUGGGUGUGCUGAAUGAGAAGAAAGCAGAGCUCAAAGCUGUGCAGGACAAUGUGUCGCGGCUGCUGGCAGAUUUCGAGUCUGCGAGGAAGAAGAAAGAUGAUCUUGCCGUGCAGGUGGAUGACUGCAGCAAGCGCCUCGUGCGAGCAGAGAAGCUGAUCAGCGGUCUGGGAGGCGAGAAAACGCGAUGGAUCGAGUCGUCGAAGCGGCUUGGGGAGCAGUACACCAACCUGACCGGAGAUGUGCUCAUUGGCUCGGGCAUCCUCGCCUACCUCGGAACCUUCACCGGUCGGUAUCGUGUGGACACAGUGAAAAGUUGGGUGCAGCUCAUGAAAGAGAACCAGCUUCCCUCGGCGCAGGAGUUCUCACUUCGCACCGUCUUGGGCGACGAGGUGCAGAUCCGCCAGUGGGUGAUCGACAAGCUUCCAAACGAUCAGGUUUCAGUGGAGAAUGCCAUCAUCAUCCAGAGGUCUCGUCGGUGGCCGCUGAUGAUCGACCCGCAGCUGCAGGCCAACCAAUGGGUGCGAAAGACGUACGCAGGGCGCGGAGAGCAGCUCCGAAUUCUUCGGCUGACACAGAACUACGCCCGCGAGCUGGAAGGUGCGAUUACCUAUGGAAAGCCUACACUUCUGGAAAAUGUUCUGGAGCAAUUGGAUCCGCUCCUGGAGCCGCUCCUACAGAAGGCCAUCUUCAAAGCCGGCAGCGUGAUGAUGAUUCGCCUGGGUGACUCCCAGUGUGAGUACAACAAGGACUUCCGCUUCUUCAUCACCACGAAGCUUCCAAAUCCGCACUACUCGCCAGAGAUUUGCGUGCAGGUUACGUUGCUCAACUUCAUGGCUACUCCUGAUGGACUGCAGGAUCAGAUGCUGGGCAUCCUGGUUGCUAAAGAGGAGCCUGAAGUGGAACGGAAGCGGCAGAACCUCGUCGUGGAAAGC